UUGAAUUUCGAGUUUCUUACCUUUUUUUUUUCGAUGGAGAUUUUGAAAUUGUAGUCCAACAAAAUUAGAAAUGGUGAAAUCGAACAGUGCGUUUUGGGCGUUUUUGUGGUCAAUAAUUGUUUUUUAUUUGGUUUUGAGAGUUAGUUCUAAUGCCGAAGGUGAUGCUCUGAAUGCGUUGAAGACAAAUUUAGCUGAUCCUAACAACGUUCUUCAGAGUUGGGAUCCUACUCUUGUCAAUCCCUGCACUUGGUUUCAUGUCACAUGUAAUAGUGAAAAUAGUGUGACGCGUGUUGAUCUUGGCAAUGCAAAUCUGUCUGGUCAACUGGUUUCACAGCUGGGUCAACUUCCAAAUUUACAGUAUUUGGAACUUUAUAGUAAUAACAUAAGUGGAAGAAUUCCAGAAGAGCUUGGAAACUUGACAAACUUGGUGAGCUUGGAUCUGUACUUGAACAAAUUAAAUGGUCCCAUUCCACCAACAUUGGGCAAGCUUGCAAAACUACGGUUCCUGCGUCUCAACAACAAUAGUUUGUCUGGAGAAAUUCCUCGGUCAUUAACUGCUGUUAUGUCACUGCAAGUUCUGGAUCUUUCAAACAAUAACCUUACGGGAGAUAUUCCUGUCAAUGGAUCCUUUUCACUUUUCACUCCCAUCAGUUUUCAAAACAAUAAGCUUAAUGAUCUUCCAAUGUCUCCGCCUCCUUCCAUUCCACCAUCAGCACCUGGUCCAUCAGGUAACAGUGCUACUGGAGCUAUUGCUGGGGGGGUUGCUGCCGGUGCUGCUCUGCUGUUUGCUGCCCCUGCAAUUGCACUUGCUUGGUGGCGACGUAGGAAACCACAGGAUCAUUUCUUCGAUGUACCUGCUGAAGAAGAUCCAGAAGUUCAUUUGGGGCAGCUCAAAAGGUUUUCUCUACGUGAACUACAAGUUGCAACAGAUAGUUUUAGCAACAGACACAUUCUGGGUAGAGGUGGGUUUGGUAAGGUUUAUAAAGGACGCUUAGCUGAUGGUUCUUUAGUGGCAGUUAAAAGAUUGAAAGAGGAGCGUACCCAGGGUGGGGAGUUACAGUUCCAAACAGAGGUAGAAAUGAUCAGCAUGGCUGUUCAUCGAAAUCUACUUCGUCUACGUGGCUUUUGCAUGACACCUACAGAACGAUUGCUUGUCUAUCCUUUUAUGGUUAAUGGAAGUGUGGCAUCAUGUUUAAGAGAGCGGCCGCAAUCACAAGAACCACUAGAUUGGUCCAAAAGGAAGCGGAUUGCGCUAGGAUCUGCGAGGGGGCUUGCUUAUUUGCAUGACCAUUGUGAUCCUAAGAUUAUUCACCGUGAUGUCAAAGCUGCUAAUAUAUUGUUGGAUGAGGAAUUUGAAGCUGUUGUUGGAGAUUUUGGGUUGGCUAAACUCAUGGAUUACAAAGAUACGCAUGUUACCACUGCUGUACGUGGCACAAUUGGGCAUAUAGCUCCGGAGUACCUUUCAACUGGAAAGUCAUCAGAGAAGACUGAUGUUUUUGGGUAUGGGGUCAUGCUUCUUGAACUCAUCACAGGACAGAGAGCUUUCGAUCUUGCUCGGCUUGCAAAUGAUGAUGAUGUCAUGCUCCUUGAUUGGGUGAAAGGACUUUUAAAAGAGAAGAAGUUGGAACAGUUGGUUGAUGGCGAUCUGCAGGGCAAUUACAUUGAGGGAGAAGUGGAGCAGUUGAUUCAGGUGGCUCUUCUGUGCACACAAGGCUCACCACAGGAGCGACCAAAGAUGUCAGAGGUGGUGAGAAUGCUGGAAGGCGAUGGUUUGGCUGAAAGAUGGGAGGAAUGGCAGAAAGAGGAUAUGCGCCAAGAGUUUAACCACAUUCACCACCCUAAUACUAACUGGAUCGUCGAUUCAACUUCCCACAUCCAGCCGGACGAAUUAUCUGGUCCUAGAUGAUACCUUUGUGCUUCCUUUUGACACCGCAUUCUGUACUUGGAAAGUGAUAUUGAUCCACAUUUGUGCAUAUAUUUUAUGUUCCCUUUUGUUUUAUUUUUUCUUUUUCAUUUUCAAUGUCCAGUUUAUAUCACAUAUUGUUGUAUCAGCACGGCGAUGUUGUAAUUUUUAUAGGGUUGCCAACUGAAGUUUUUAAACUAUAGUCGCUAGCAAAUGGGACGGCACCCACAUGUUAUCUUUAUGUAUUCAAAAUUUAGUAAAGAAUGUGACACGAAUAAAGGCAUCUUUCUCUGCA